AUGGCUGAGGAAAGAUUCAUUGAUAAUAGCGAUCGAAGCUCCAUCGAAAAACCACUGGCAGACAGACAAUUAACCGCUGUGAAAGCAUCAAAGUUAUACAAGGAAAUUGAACGAGGUCAAUUACCCAUUGUAUAUCAUCCAGUUUAUAAUAUAUCAUUUUGUGGAAUCGAACGGUGCCAUCCAUUUGAUUCACGUAAAUGGGGACGUGUUUAUGAGACAUUGUUGCAAUCAGGGAUGUUUGAAGAAAAUCAAACAAUAAGGCCACUGGAAGCAAGUAUGGAUGAUUUACGUGUUGUGCAUUCAUCCACCUAUCUCUCAUCAUUAUGCUGUCCAUGUUAUGUUGCAAAAAUGGUUGAAGUUACACCUGUUGCACUUAUUCCUCCAUGUAUUAUCAACAAAGUUCUUUUGAAGCCUUUCCGAUAUCAUACUGAUAAGUUUGAUGAACAUACAUCGAUAUAUGUUUUUAUUAUAGUGCACGAUUAUGCUAACUGUCAAUUAGUGUUCAAUGCAUGCGGCACAAUAUUGGCAGCCAGGCUUGCACUAACAUCCGGUUGGGCAAUAAAUAUUGGUGGUGGUUUCCAUCAUGCAAGCCGUUCAAAGGGUGGAGGUUUUUGUAUUUAUGCUGAUAUCACCUUGGCACUAACAUUCUUAUUCUCGAAUCAGUUGAUUUCAAAAGCAAUGAUUGUUGAUUUAGAUGCUCAUCAGGGUAAUGGUCAUGAAAAUGAUUUUAGCGGUGACAGUCGCGUUUAUAUACUGGAUAUGUUUAACAGUCGUAUUUAUCCGCAUGAUCUGAGAGCAAGACGUGCUAUAAGGAGAUCAGUUCAUCUUCGUGUUGGUACACAGGAUUCAGAAUAUCUCUCCUUACUUUCAAAUAAUCUUGAAGAUGUCUUGAACGAAUUUCAGCCUGAUAUAAUCGUGUAUAAUGCGGGAACUGAUUGUCUUCAAGGUGAUCCACUUGGGUUAUUGUCGAUAUCCUCGAAGGGAAUUCGAAAACGUGAUGAAAUUGUUUUCAAAAUGGCUCGUGACAGACAUAUCCCAGUCGUAAUGUUACUUAGUGGUGGAUAUAUGCCGAAUACGCAUGAAGUCAUUGCCAAGUCAAUCUUGAAUUUGUACGAUAAAAAUUUAUUAAGGAUAGAACUGUAA